AUGACCAAAAGUACAGGGGAGAGAAUCUGCCGCGCCUGUAUUCGAUGCCGACAGAGGAAGACCAAAUGUGACCUUGACUCAGUAGAAGAGCCAGGGAAGCCUCCCUGUCUCAGCUGCCACCUUGACGGCUACGAAUGUGCUCUUGCCGGCUCAAAACGCGGCGGCGACUACUCGCAUAUGAGACGGAAAUCUAAGAAUGCGAGAAACCGUAGCCGUCAGCCACCGGCUCCUGAGCCACAGCCGAUUCAAGGUAUUGAAUCUCAUCCACCUGAUCCGCACCAAUCUCAGCAGCCCGAUCUGUGCACUGAGCAUUCUACUGGAGUUCAGAAUCCCCUCGAAGCGCUUCAAAUCUUAGUGCAAGCAGCAGCGGCCAGCCCAUCUUCGACAAAUAAGGCCAUUAACGGAUCUCCAGCCGGCCAAAACACUGCUCAUCCUCUUGGGGUUUCACCUCCAGAUACGUUGGAGCACGGGCGAACGGCCGCCGGAAACGCGGUGCGAGGACUUGAGUCAUAUGGUCCCUUAGCGAACGGGCUACUGGACACGACUAUGCUUGACCAUCUACUGCAACACUAUGCCGAACGAUACCACCCAUUCAUGCCUAUCGUGCCUGAGCAUGUGCUUUCGCCCCAAAAGAUCCAAAAGACGGCCGCCGAGGAGCCCUUUCUACUGACUUCAAUUUUGACAGUGUCAACAAAAGAUAGAAAAGGGUUCGAAAUGUUGCAGAGAGGUCUCUGUUCCUAUAUAUACAAGGGAAUUAUAGAUAUUGUCAUGGGAAUUUCUACAGCUCCCAGUGUUGGAUCAGUGGAAGGUUUAUUGCUUCUCGCAGAAUGGGUGCCGCAUGCUGACAUCGGUGCAUCCUCCUUCAAGUUGCCUGCGAGCGGAGAAGACAGCGCAGCAUGGUCUUUGGUUGGCUUAGCUGUGCGGCAAGCCUACUUGCUCCAUCUCGAUAACUAUGCUUUCCGGACGGAAAUCAAGGAUGAGCCGCAAGCGCUAUCUGAUCGAAAGAGGCUUGCAUGGACGUUUACGUAUUUAUCGGACCGCCAGAUAUCCAUCCGCAUGGGCCAAGCAUUUUGGUGUCGAGGGCCAGGCUCGUCUGCAAGGUUUGCAGCAGAAGACUACCCGACACUGCGACCAAAAAAUCUCUAUGAUGACGAUUACGCUUCUAUCCUCAUAGCUCAGGUGGACAUGACCACACUAUUCGGGACUGUGCACGACAUUUUAUAUGCAUCCAAAGCCAGGACCGUCGCCUUGAUGCUUAGAGGUGACUACACAAAAUAUCUAGAUGACGGUCUCAAAGGUCUGGAAGCCUGGAAAGACUCGUGGGGCCGGAUCAAAAUCCCCUCUCAUCUCAGAUCUUUGCUUGAUAUGCAGUAUGAGUAUUUGAGUCUGUAUGUCAACGCGUUCGGCUUCCAUGCGGUUGUCUGCAGAGCACUCGACCAGUCGCGCAACUCACCACGCGGUGCCCAAGGGGUCUCUUUCUUCCCACACGGUGUCCUAGCCUGCCCAGACAGUCGGUAUAUUUAUUCUGCCACCGAGGCAGCGAGCAACUUGCUCCAUAUCAUCAGUCAACGUGUGGACCCUGUGAAACACACACGGUAUUUGCCAGCACGGUUCUACCUAUACACAAUCCACUCUGCCGUUUUUCUCUACAGGGCCCACAGUCUGGGUGCUUUGUCCGAAGAAGCCCACCAGCGAUCUACCAAACUAGUACGGGAGUUCUUGACAAAGUUAGAAGCUGCAGCCAGUAGUGAACAGCAUAUUGCAUCCAGAUACAGAAAGCUCGUGUCUAGUCUUUGGUUUCAAGAAGAAACAGAACCCCUGGAAGGCUUUACCCGACCCCGCGGCUCUUCACACCCGUCGUCUCGGCCUUCCUCGGCUUUAGAUCGGGGUAGCAAUACCCCUUUCACUAACGAGUUCAGUCUGAUGACUACGACGGGCUCUAAUGCGCCUUUGGACCCAGAUUCAUUUAGUCUUGAAAACUUCGGGUUUGGUUCUAAUCUUGCAGGGCCAGGGUUUAAUGAACAGCCUAGUUUCCUAAACGCUGGGUUAGCAUUGCCCAGAUCGUAUACUUUCUUGGGAUUCCCUAACACUGAACCCUUACCCAACCAUGGCAGCGAUGACUUUGGUUCUUUAUUUUCUCGAGGGUUAUACGAUGUGUAG